AUGAAGUCUUUUUCUCUUUUACACCUUCAUCUUCUUUUUCUCUUAACCUUAUGUUUAAUGUGCUUUAGUCCUAACAAAAUUGUGGCAGUGAUAUUACAAAACCAAACCGAUUAUUUAGCAUUGCUCAAAUUCAAAGAAUCAAUAUCCAUUGAUCCAUAUAGAACUCUUGAAUCUUGGAAUUCUUCCAUCCACUUCGGCAAGUGGUAUGGAAUCACAUGCAGCCCCAUGCAUCAAAGAGUUAUUGAGUUGAACUUAGAUGGAUCUGAAUUACAUGGAUCUUUAUCUCCCUAUGUUGGCAAUCUCACUUUUCUGAAAAUUCUCUACCUAAGAAACAACAGCUUCUCUGGAGAAAUUCCACAGGAGUUAGGUAAGUUGCUACAAUUGCAGCAACUUCGUCUCACCAAUAACUCAUUUGCAGGUCAAAUUCCUACAAACUUGACAUAUUGCUCCAAUCUUGAAUGGUUAUCCUUAGGUAAGAACAAUCUCAUUGGUAAAAUACCAAUCGAAAUUGGCUCUUUGAAAAAACUCAGAACAUUAGAAGUUUGGAAAAACAACUUAACCGGAAGAAUCUCUUCAUUUAUAGGGAAUCUCUCAAGCUUAAGGGGCUUUUCCUUUACUUAUAACCACAUACAAGGAGAUAUUCCACAAGAAAUAUGUCACCUUAAAAACUUGUCAGUUUUACUUUUGGGUGGGAACAAAUUGUCUGGUAUGGUUCCUUCUUAUCUUUACAACAUAUCAUCACUUACCAUGCUUUCCAUGCCAGAGAAUAGCUUUCAUGGAUCUCUUCCACUAAACAUGUUCAACACCCUCCCCAAUCUCCAACAUUUUGCUAUUUCAGGAAAUGAAUUUUCCGGUUCAAUUGCCACUUCCAUAAUAAAUGCGUCUAACAUUAUAUUGUUUGAUAUCAGUAGAAAUUAUUUUGAGGGACAAGUUCCAAGUUUAGGUAGGCUAAAAAAUUUAUCUUUUUUGAAUUUGGAAGACAACAAUUUAGGUGACAAUUCAACUAAGGAUUUGGAGUUUUUAAAAUCUUUGACAAACUGUAGCAUGUUAAAUGCGUUUUCUAUGGCCACCAAUAAUUUUGGAGGCAUUCUACCAAAUUCUAUAGGCAAUUUAUCCACUGAGCUUAAGCAACUAUAUCUUGGGGUUAAUAUGAUAUCAGGACAAAUUCCUGCUGAGUUAGGAGGUUUAGUUGGCUUAACUCUCUUGAGCAUGGUAGGUAACAAAUUUGAAGGAAAUAUUCCAACAACUUUUGGGAAGUUCCAAAAUAUGCAGAUGUUAGAUUUGAACGGAAACAAGCUGUCAGGAGAUAUACCAUCCUCUAUAGGUAAUCUUACUCAGUUGUAUAAAUUGGAUUUACAUCUUAAUAUGUUUGAAGGAAAUAUUCCUCCAAGCAUAGGUAACUGUCAAAAGUUACAAUAUCUAGAUCUUUCGCAGAAUAAGCUUCGAGGAACCAUCCCUUUAGAGGUUUUUAGUCAUUCGUCUUUAACAAAUUUAUUGGACUUGUCACAUAACUCUUUGAGUGGUAGCUUACCAAGAGAAGUGGGUAUGUUAAAAAAUAUUGGUAAGCUAAAUGUCUCUAAAAAUCAUUUAGCUUCUGCCUAUCGCCGCUUGAAGCGGGGUUGUUGA